AUGGAUGAUGACGCAGAGCGAAUUCGUGUAGUCAUCAAAAAAGUCACUGAUAACUUCCAGAUCACAUCAAACGAUGUACCGAAAGCUGUGAGCGUGCGUGGCAUAGAACGCGACAAGUGCGUUCUAGAGGUUUUAAAUCUCGCUGUAUCACACGAAGGGUACAGGGAGAUAUCGAAUUUCGUUGCAUAUGGAUCUAUGCACUAUUUAUAUGAUCAUCGAUCAUUUGAUUUCAGCGAUAAUGUUCUCCCAGAGCUCAUGGAUGGAAAAUACAUGGGUGUUGGAUUAUUGAAAAGUGUGAAAGUGCUUGAAGGCGAUGAUGACAAAUGCAGUCCAUUUGUAGUAAGAGAUGUAGCGAAGGGCGCUUUUCACGCAGACGAGCAGAAUUUGCUCGAGAAAAUAUGUCAAGUGUCGAUCUUUGUCGAUCGCCGGACUGGAUCUUCGAACUUCAGCGUGCAGACCACCUUCAGACCGAAUUUUAUCAGAGGCAUUCUUCGUCUCAUUAAAGAUGGAAUGCAGUACACUGUUGAACAAUAUUUCAUGAAAUACUACAAUAUUCAACUAAAGUGCCCUACUUUGUUUACCGUAUCAGAACGGGGCAAGCCAUAUACAUACUACCCAUUGCAGCUACUAGCUGUGGCUCCAUCGCAGAGGGUCACAGAACGAGGGCGAACUCUUGAUGACGAUUCGGCUAUUAUUAAGGCGAUACUCCAAUUAUGGAUGGAGUUAUUACGUCUUGCAUUAGGGUUGAUUUUAGUGAACGAAUCGAAAGCUGUUGUCGAUCUCAUGGGACGCAGGUGUCCACAGUCUCCGAAGUCUUUUAUGUUAAACGUCAAACUUAUGAUGGCCUUAAGUGUUGGACCAAAAGCUUGGCGACAAUAUUGUGUUGACAAGAUCAUUCUUUUGAAUAUAAGGAACUGGCUCUCCGAAAAUGGUGUACUUUUCGUUGGACUUGAGAUUUGUAAUCCAACAGCGCUGUCGAAGAUGGAGAAUGAGCGUGGAGCGACAUAUAAGAUGCCCUCGGUUCUUGGUUGUGGAACAAACUGUUGUAGCAAUCCUCAGCAGUUCAUAGGCGACUACAUCUAUGUUGAAGCCCGUCAAAGUGAUAAUAUUCCUUGUAAGCGUGCAUCUGAACAGAAUAUUCCCAGUGGAACUGUUGUUUAUACAAUGAUUGUCUCGCGAGCUAUUAACGAGUUUUAUCUCAAUGCUCAUUCAGCGUUUCAGGAGCUAAGGGAGUACAUUCCCACGUUUCGUUUCGAGAAACGCCUGUCAAGAAUCGGUGCCUUCAACUUUCCAGCUACAGCGCGAGAGUUUGAUUAA